AAAUUUUAAUAAUCUUGAAGGAGGUGCAGGCAAUGCUAGCCCCCCACCGUUCCUUGGAGGAGUGUGGUGGAACAACUGCAUUCCCUCUUCUAGUUCCUGUUUAUCCGAACCAUCCGGAGGCUGGGGAGAUGAAGGAGGUUAGACACUUCCUAUCCAGGACGAAUAUUCCAACCCUUGUUGCAUAUUCCCAACCCUCACUUCUUCCUUUUAUAUCUCAAGGUGAUUUUGUGGUUGGAAACCGACAGGUUUUUUACAGCUCUUUAAUGCACAGUGCGAAAGACGUUUUCAGGAUCAAAGAUGGUGGUCAUCUGAUCAUGUAUGAUCAGCCUGCAGCUGUUGCACAGCUGAUACUACAGUUCCAAACCAAAUAUCGCGCAUUUCAGUAGAUACACCGCCAGCGAAAGACUAUUCAGAAAUCGCCGACGGCUAAGAGGAGAUUGCAGAAAUUUCAGAGCGUUUUAAUAUUAAAAUGUUUGUUACAGUUUUUUUUAUUUUUACAUUUAAGAAUGUUGAAACCUUGAAUUUGUGUGAUGUAUUGAAUUCCAUGCAAGUCUGCCAUCUGUAAAACCAUAAUCAAAACGGUGAAGGGUAGCUGUAAGACUAAAUAGUUGAAAUCAAAAAAAAAUCAAAACCAUAUUUUUAUUAUUUUUCAUCUUAGUUUAAAAAAGUUGAUAUUUUGUAUGCGAUCGUUGUUUAAUGUUUAAGAAUCUAUAUUUUUGUUACAUAUUUACACUCUUUCACAGUUUUUACAGUUCUCAUUUGUUUAUCAUGAAUACCAAUUUAUUGAAAUUUUAUCUAUUAGAUAUAUAUAUAUACAUAUGUGCUAUUAUUGUAUUUUGAUUAUUCUAUGACUAAAUUUUCCAUGUGACAUUUUUCAUUUGUGCCUGUAACUGAAAUUGCUCAAAAACUGCCUUGCUCUAAUAUAUAGUUGUCUACCUCUAAUUUUACAAAACACUAACAGUUAAAAAGAAACUUAUUUUUCA